AUGUGGAUAAAUAUGGCAAUUACUUGGUCGCCAAACAUGCCUCCGAUUGCACUAAUGGCAUGGCUUACCAAGGAGUGGCGAUUAUUCGCGUUAGUGAACGGAAUCGUUUGCAUCCCAGGCAUCUUGUUCUGCCUAGUGUUCAUUAGCGAAUCUCCAAGAUGGCUAAUACAUAAAGGCAAAAUCGGGGCAGCAACGGACAUUAUGAAGAACGAAUUCUGUAGAGGAAAGAUCGGUGAAGAAGUUGAAAGCAUUGUUAUCAGAGAGUGCGAGCUAUCGCAUCGAGCAGAUGCGAAGAAGAGGAAAUAUUCAAUCCAUCAUCUAUUCUACUCACGAAAACUUGCCACUAUCACCAUUGUUUUGGCUUUCAGCUAGUG